AUGGAGUGCAUCGCGGAGCUGCAGCACGAGGUUCCGGAGGUUUACGGCGCCGACCUGCUCGUGGACCUCCUGGACGCGUCGCUGGCCGCCGAACAGGAAGAGGAUGAGGAGGAGGUGGCGGGGCGCCGCGGCAAGCAUCUUCGUCAGGUCGGCUUCCCCGUCGACGACGUCGAUGACGGCUGGGGCGACCUGGACUCGGUCCACCCGCACCAGGAGGAGGCAGGCUGCGAGGACUGCGGGCUGGAUGGCAUCAUCCUGUCCGGCUUCGACUUGUGCGGGUGCUCGCCGGCGCCGCACGUCGUGGACGACGGCGGCGGCGGUUGCAACCCCGUGGACUACUGGACGGAUCAUGAGAUGGAGCGCGAUGCCUUUGGCCCAUUCACCGGCGACAGCGUGGGGGAGUGGUACAUGGAUGGCAUGGCCAUGGAGUGGGACGACGAGAGGAGCUACUACUCAUUUCACCCAUCUUACAGCGGCGGCGAGGCCUGCACGGAGCAACCGUGUGGCAGUCCAUUGUGGGACUGA